UUCAUGAUGCCUUUUAGUUUAUCUUUCAAUUUCAUUUGUGAAUCACUGUGACUCAUUGGGGUCAGGCAUUAUUCGGCAAUCAUUUGUUUAGCCCCUAUCAUGUGCCAGCUGCUGUUGUGGACACAGGGUAUACAGCAGAGAAUAUCAUGGUAAAAACAAAACAAAACAAAAAAACAACUCUGCUGCCUGUACCUUAAAUUCUGGUAGGGAAAGCUUUUUACCAAGCUUAUGUCUCUGCUAUCUGGAGGGUAAUGGCUGAGGCCCAGCAAGGACAAGUGAUGUGCAGAAAGCCUAGUAACUGGAAGGCAAACCCGACUCUUCACACUCCUACUUCAGCCAUCUUUAAGUAGGUGUUUUACACAGUAGACACUUUAGAGGGAAGACAACACACUUCAAUGUGAGCCUUCCUCAUCUGAAAUGUGGAUUCCUGGAUUGUGCCAGCUGGAAUGCCUCUGCAGGAAGUGCUAGUGGGACUGUGAAAUUGUACCACCUGUGGCCUGGCAGUCUCACUGCACUCGUGCACAGGGAGGCCCCUUCAGAUCUGGCUAAAAGUGGCAUAUCUAUGCUAUGGAAGACUAGGCGGCAGUUAGAGCAAAAUAGGAGGAAUUUUGUUGUCAGAGAAUAAAAGGAGGUUGUCCAUAAUUGACUUUAAGCAGCAAUCAGUAAAACAUUGAGCUCUUCAGCUCCACCUUUCUUGCUCUGAGAAUUGGAAUACCAAGAAGGUUUUGAUGUUUUGUGUGACGCCACCUGAAUUAGAAACCAAGAUGAACAUAACCAAAGGUGGUCUGGUGUUGUUUUCAGCAAACUCAAAUUCAUCAUGUAUGGAGCUCUCAAAGAAAAUUGCAGAGCGACUGGGGGUGGAGAUGGGCAAAGUGCAGGUUUACCAGGAACCUAACAGAGAAACAAGAGUACAAAUUCAAGAGUCCGUGAGAGGAAAAGAUGUUUUCAUCAUCCAAACCGUUUCAAAGGAUGUGAAUACCACCAUCAUGGAGCUCCUGAUCAUGGUGUAUGCAUGUAAGACCUCUUGUGCCAAGAGCAUCAUUGGCGUGAUACCCUACUUUCCUUACAGCAAGCAGUGCAAGAUGAGAAAAAGAGGCUCCAUUGUCUCUAAAUUGCUGGCUUCCAUGAUGUGCAAAGCUGGUCUAACUCAUCUUAUUACUAUGGAUUUACACCAGAAGGAAAUUCAGGGCUUCUUCAACAUUCCUGUUGAUAAUUUAAGAGCAUCUCCCUUCUUAUUACAGUAUAUUCAAGAAGAGAUCCCAGAUUACAGAAAUGCAGUAAUCGUGGCCAAGUCUCCAGCCUCUGCGAAGAGGGCACAGUCUUUUGCUGAGCGCCUGCGCCUGGGAAUUGCAGUGAUUCAUGGAGAGGCGCAGGAUGCUGAGUCAGACUUGGUGGAUGGACGGCAUUCCCCACCUAUGGUCAGAAGUGUGGCUGCCAUCCACCCCAGCCUGGAGAUCCCCAUGCUGAUUCCUAAAGAGAAGCCCCCAAUCACAGUUGUGGGUGAUGUUGGAGGAAGGAUUGCCAUCAUUGUGGAUGACAUCAUUGAUGAUGUUGACAGCUUUCUCGCUGCAGCAGAGACCCUGAAGGAAAGAGGUGCAUAUAAGAUCUUUGUGAUGGCGACUCAUGGCUUGUUAUCUUCUGAUGCCCCCCGGCUGAUUGAAGAGUCUGCCAUUGAUGAGGUGGUGGUCACCAAUACAAUUCCACAUGAAGUCCAGAAGCUCCAGUGCCCCAAGAUUAAAACUGUGGAUAUCAGCAUGAUCCUUUCAGAGGCGAUCCGUCGGAUCCACAAUGGAGAGUCCAUGUCCUACCUUUUCAGAAACAUAGGCUUAGAUGACUGAACAGCUUUCCUUUAGGAAAAUUCCCAAGGGCCAAACUGGAAACGUAAAAGUGACUGCCUGCUGGGAUAGAUUCACAGGAGCCAUUGUAUUUGUUCCCCUCUCCUUGUAACCUCACUUCUUGAUUCCUAUGAAGAUAGACCAACUUUUUAUGUCAGUCUGGGUGUUUGUGAGUUUGGGAGCAAUUUUUAUAAAAGAAAACCUUUAUCUUGUCUUUUAAAAAGGUAACAUCUUGUUUUAGUUUAACCAUUUAAAAAAUAACACUUGGAAUAAGAUUUGUAAGCUCACAAAGUCUUUUUCCGAAGUUGCUUGGGCCAAGUGGUUAAAAAAGUUAAUAAAGUAAAAUGAUCUGUAUAAUACCUGCAGUUGAAAAGCCAAAAAGAUUAUACUGUUAAAUCCAGUAAAUGACAUUUUUAGAGAUGCUUUUAUAGAGAAGCAUAUGGAAUAUGUGAUUGUAUUUAUUUUCUGCAGCUAAAAAAGGAAUAAAAACUUGUGUGUGUUUGUUUUUCUAAAACUUUGUGUUUUGGCAGUCGUUUUAUAACUAAAAUAAAAUGAAAGCUGAAUCUA